AUGAGUCAUAGAGUUCAAUUGCUUCUGGGUGCAUACCAUAUGUCAUUUCCUUUGAAAAGUGUUGACAAAACGAUUGAGAUGAAAUCUGUUCCAUACGUAUGUUAUGGCAAUUGUUUGUACAUUGAGUCUAAAAUAGCUAAUGUCACAGGUAUUUCAGGAGUUAAUAGUAAAGGUUCAGUAGAAUAUAAGUCUUUCUGUUAUGCAGUCAAUUCAAUGUUCAUUCCAAACGUUCCUGUCAUAGCAACUCAUUUAGGUAAAUGGGUUCGCAUUAGUCCUCAUAAUUUGAAAGACAUGCAAUUCAGACUUGUUGACUUUCAAGGAGAGCCUGUAGAACUGAAGGCACCAGUGCGAAUGACUGUUGAAGUUGACUUUUUAGAAAAUAUUAAAUGCAACAGCUUACAAGAGAACUCAGAGCUAAAAAUAUAA